AUUUUUCGGUCCACAGUUUAUAUAAGAUUUCUCGCAUAUCCGGGGAUGCUACAAGAUCUUACUAUUUCCUAACGCCUUUGCCAAUGACCGAUAUAUGUAUAACUGCCGAUGGGGAAUUAAUCACCGUUAUCCAGUCCGAUGAUAUCUUUCAAUUGCUGAAACUGCCUAGCAGAACCAAAACCGAUGCGGUGCAGGUGACUGAGUUGCCACUGUACUUACGCAACCACGUGUUAGUGAUUGAUUCUGCCAGCUCUGGAGCCGGUAGAGGGGCCUCCCCUGGUAUCUACCAACAAGUGAUCCAACCUUUAUUUGAGAUUCUUGCCAUCAAGCAUCAAUAUGUUCUCACGCAGUCAGCCACCCAUAUUGCUGAGAUUGCCGCCUCCUUGUCCCAUGAACGGGAUACGACGGUGUUAAUUAUCAGCGGAGAUACCUCCAUCCAGGAGUUUGUCAACGGAUUGGGGAAAAUUGCUACUCCUAAAAAGAUAUUCAUUGCCACUAUCCCCCACGGUACGGGAAACGCGUUGUCACGCUCCUUGCGUCCAGAUAACGGCCCGCUUCUCGCCGUAAAGUCGCUUUUAGAGGGCUCCUUCGGUGCAUUUCCCAUCUACGAAGUCCAGUUUCCACCACUUUCGUCUUUCGUGGCUUCUUCCGAGCCUGUCUCGCUGUUAAAGUUUGUCGUCGUGCUCAGCUGGGGCUUUCACGCGUCGUUGGUAGCUGAUAGCGACACCCCCGAGAUGAGAAAGUUGGGGUUGCAGCGCUUCCAGGUGGCUGCACAAGACAACCUCAAACGCGAGCAGAUCUAUCACGGGACAGUAGAAAUCUUGGCUAAGGGAAACGUGUUGACUGCAGACAAUGGCCCUUUCAGCUACGUGGUGGUUACCCCUGUCACGCGGUUUGAGCCGACGUUUGAGAUAUCGCCACAAGGGAACGUGUUUGAGAACAGCUUAUAUUUGGUAUCUUUCAAAGGGGUGGAAAAAAAUGAGGAAAUUUUGGAGAUUAUGCACAAAGUGUAUGCUGCUGGCAGCCAUAUCCACGAUCCAAGGGUCACGUACCAAAAAAUUAUGCCUGGAGAUGUGCUCAAAUUGGCGGUUAAUGAAUCAGGUGAGACAAAGAGACGCGUGUGUGUUGAUGGUGCGAUUGUGGCUUCUGGCAAAGGGGCGAUCGAGGUGACGUGUUUGGGAAAUCACGUUAAUGGCUGGGAUUUGCGUUUAAUUGGGUAGGCGAGAUUGUGUAAUAACGA